AGCACCGCAGCAGAUGCAUUGCAAGCACGACGUAGAGCAGAGCGACUGCGUCUGGAGAAAGAAUCUUGGCAAAUAAUGCAAAAUGGUGCUGUUGAGAUAUUAUUUUUAGCGACAAAAAAUGUCAAUCCACCCCUUUACUCGGCCUAUCAUUGGCUGAAAGAGAAGAAUGCGGUACAGGUACAAGUAGUGGAUGCAUUCUAUCGUGCGUAUCAGAUAAUACCGGAUCGUUCGCAUCCCGUCAUGCAACAGCUCAUCACCGGUGGUCUCAUCCUAUCUGCUGUCAAGGUGCAACAACGAUGA